CCGCACGACGGGCCUCGCUCUGCUUUUUCAGGAUGACGACUUCAGGCGCUCUGUUCCCAAGCCUGGUGCCCGGCUCUCGGGGAUCCUCUACCAAGUAUCUGGUGGAGUUCCGGGCAGGAAAAAUGUCAUUAAAAGGAACUACGGUCACCCCAGAUAAACGGAAAGGGCUCGUGUACAUCCAGCAGACGGACGACUCCCUCAUUCACUUCUGUUGGAAAGACAGGACCUCUGGGACCGUGGAGGAUGACUUGAUCAUCUUUCCCGAUGACUGUGAGUUCAAGCGGGUGCCUCAGUGCCCCAGCGGGAGGGUCUACGUGCUCAAAUUUAAGGCGGGGUCCAAGAGGCUCUUCUUUUGGAUGCAGGAGCCCAAGACUGACCAAGAUGAAGAGCAUUGUCGGAAAGUCAAUGAGUGUCUGAACAACCCCCCCAUGCCCGGAGCGCUGGGUGCAAGUGGGAGUGGAGGCCAUGAGCUCUCGGCACUGGGCGGUGAGGGUGGCCUGCAGAGCCUGUUGGGGAACAUGAGUCAUAGCCAGCUCAUGCAGCUCAUCGGACCAGCUGGCCUCGGAGGACUGGGUGGGCUUGGAGCCCUCACUGGACCAGGCCUGGCCAGCUUGCUGGGGAGCAGCGGGCCUCCGGCAAGCAGCUCUUCGUCCAGCUCCCGGAGCCAGUCGGCAGCCGUCACCCCAUCCUCCACCACCUCUUCCACUCGCGCCACCCCAGCCCCUUCUGCCCCAGCAGCUGCCUCGACCACCAGCCCAAGCCCCGCACCCAGCUCAGGUAAUGGAACCAGCACAGCAGCCAGCCCGACCCAGCCCAUCCAGCUGAGUGACCUCCAGAGCAUCCUGGCCACCAUGAAUGUGCCCGCAGGGCCAGGAGGCGGCCAGCAAGUGGAUCUGGCCAGUGUGCUGACUCCAGAGAUCAUGGCUCCCAUCCUCGCUAACGCAGACGUUCAGGAGCGCCUGCUGCCCUACCUGCCCUCUGGGGAGUCUCUGCCUCAGACUGCAGAUGAGAUCCAGAACACAUUGACCUCGCCCCAGUUCCAGCAGGCCCUGGGUAUGUUCAGUGCAGCCUUGGCCUCAGGACAGCUCGGCCCCCUCAUGUGCCAGUUUGGCCUUCCUGCAGAGGCUGUGGAGGCAGCCAACAAAGGAGAUGUGGAAGCAUUUGCCAAAGCCAUGCAGAAUAACGCCAAAUCGGAGCCGAAGGAGGGCGACACGAAAGACAAGAAAGACGAGGAGGAGGAUAUGAGUCUGGAUUAAAUUAUUCGCUGUCCUUCCCCAGGUUGGAAUUCAUAGUGUGUGAUUCCGUAGUGGCAAUUGUGAUUCGUUGUGCCCUCUCCUGCCCGCCCCACUAAUAAAGUCCUUUCUUGUACCUGC